GCCCGCACACAACGCCUGCCCUGAACGGCCUCGCUGUAUUCCUUUUCCGGGAUUAACCGUCCGCUUAUGGACCUUAUCCCCCACUUAUCACACCCCGCGCCGGGUUAUCGGGGGUUAUCGGGCUGUCUUGGGAAAGCGUGCUACCCCGCCCAGGACGAGUGCCACCCAUACUGUGCCUUACUGGCAACUGCGCUCACAGCAUUGUGGCCUCGAACAAGAGCGCUGUGCUACGAACAGCAGGGGCUGAGACUGAUUCAGUUGAGCAAGACAGGAGUCGCUGCGAUACCGUAACCUACGACCGCUAUGGCGAACACGACAACCGUGAUGGACCCGUCCAAGUGGAAGAACCUGCCUCCGCCGCCAAGCUUCAGUGCGCUGCAUUCAUCGCACAAGUCGCAACCCAAAUCUUCGCAAGCCGCGUCGAAGCAGUCGUAUGAAAGCCUGAAGACGAAACGCGCAUGGGACUUCGCCAUCGCCCCAGCGAAGUCGCUGCCCAUGCAGGCGUUCAUGCUCUACAUGUCCGGCGGCGGCGUGCAGAUCUUCAGCAUGGGCAUCGUCUUCAUGCUCCUCAGCAGCCCCUUCAAGAACAUCGCCACCAUGAACACGGCGUUUGCCCCCUUCGCGCCGAGCUCAGCGCCCCCAAAGGCGUUCUCGACGCUCGCGCUCCAGAAGGUCGUGUAUGUCCUGUGCAGCAUCCUGACGCUGGCACUGGGGCUGUGGAAAUGCCGUUCAAUGGGCCUCCUUCCCACGGGCACCGGAGACUGGCUCGCGUUUGAGACGAGAGGACAGGUAUGUUGUCUUCUCAUCUCGAGACCGUUAGCCCGUUGACAUGAUGUGACUACAGCCCCCAGAAAUCGUCCUGAUGUGAUCUAUCCUAGCCUCUUGAUCUUGCGGCGUCGCCCCCAUAACUGUAACCUACCAAUGCGGAUCAUACCAUGCAUUCAGACGAAUGCACUCGGAAUUCGAGGGCUCCAACUUUAAGCAGCAGGCCACAAGGUUCGCAGAGCGCAAUG